AUGUGUGCAACGUCGGUUGACAAUCUGUCCAAAGCCACCAAAGAGAUUGACGCUGAGCUUCCAGACGCCAAGGACCGGUACUGGACGUGCGUCGUAGAUAUCGCCAACUUAGACAGUGUUCGGUCUUGGAUCGAGGAGACUGUAGCUAAAUUCGGAAAGCUUGAUGGAGCCGCAAACGUCGCUGGUGAGCUCAAUUAG